UUGGAGCACCAGAAUCGAAUGUUGUUAUUAUUUUCUUUUCAAAACCUGUAUUGGAAGUUAAAUUGGAUCAUCAAUUUGAACAAAAACAUGUAAAAAUAAGUACUUCUAGAAGUGAUUGGGGGGAGUGUGCUUUGGGACCUAGCUGUUUUUCCUUGUCAACUUCAAUAUUUUUAUCUGAUCGAAAUUUGACAGCUUUAAAACAAUUAAAUAAAUUGUUUGAUUUUGGCCAAUCCCCAUUUUUGUGUAAACUUGAAGUUUUGCCUUUUGCUAGAGGUGUUCUUCCACGUGCUCUGUUUACUUCUAAUGGGGAGACUAAAAUUAGUUGGCCGUGUGGAUCUAAUGCUUUUACUAGAGAAGAAAUUAGCCAUCAAAAGUUAUAUAUUCCGAGCGGAAACGAAGACUGGACAAAUCCCUUACGUUUCAACUUUUCAAUUUCUCUACGCAAACCUCAAUUAA